CUCAAGAUACGAAUAAAAGUGACACGAUCACAAGUUAUCUUUAGUGGCAUCUGCAGGCGAUAAUAGCACUACGGAAGAUUCAACGGACUCUACAACAGAUUCGGAGGUGCUCCGGGUUAAUCUGGAGUCGUUGAUGAACGAAAUGGAAGUUGGAUCUAGCACUUUGGAUUACGAAGAUAUUGAACAAUUUCAGAACGAGGCAAAAGAAUCUUUGAAAAAGGCUAACGGAUCAUUGAGGAAACUGUUUAAGGACGCAAUAAACAAAAACGGAAUACAAGGAAUGCAUGAUGUACUGAAACAUGAACUGAACAGAUGGAAGGAUGUGAAGUUGAAUAUAGCUAUCACCGGAGCCGCGGGUACUGGAAAAUCAAGCCUCAUAAACACUCUGCGUGGAAUCAGACCUAGUCAUCCACUCGCGGCAAAGGUCGGGGUAGAUGAAACAACUCUGCAGCCGACACCAUACCCGCAUCCACAGUACGACAAUGUUGUAUAUUGGGAUCUACCGGGUGUGGGAACACUGAAAUUUAAGAAGGAUACUUACGUUGAAAAAACUGAUCUCGAUAAAUACGAUUUAUUUAUUAUUGUUGGUUGUGGAAGAUUUACUGAAAACGAUGCUUGGCUGGCGUCAGAGGUGUUUAAGAUAGACCGCCAGGUCUACAUUGUUCGCACAAAAAUUGAUAUAGACAUGCAAAAUGAAAUGUCUGACUAUGCUGAACGGUUUCAAAAGAAAGUGGUUAUGGAAAAAAUUAGGCAGUCUACAACAGCCAACAUGGAAAAGCUAGCUGAUGAGAUGCAUCUUAAAAAAGCAGUUGUCGAAAAGAUACCAAUUUUCCUGAUAAGUACAAAGCUUCACGAUGUAAAGAAAUACGACUUCGAAGAUCUUCAGAAGACAAUGACAGACGAGAUACCGGAUAUCAAGAAGGAGGCGAUGGUUAUGGCGCUAUCUACCUUAACGCUGUCAGCAAUCGAUGAAAAAAUGAAGGUUAUAAAAGAACGCUUUCAAAAAAUGUGGGGUGCAAUAACCGUUGCUUUAUGCAUUCCAGGAAUAAACAUCCUGAGCUUAUUUUUUGUCGAGGGUAUUUUAGAUAAUGAAAUGAAUAUGUACAGACAACAAUUAGGAAUCGACGACGAGUCUAUUAUUCAAAGGAACAUUGACGUAAACAAUUUAGAUCUGCAGAUGACACCUACUUCCAAAUGGAAACAAUUUUUUAAUACACGAUCUGUCCUGAAAAACAUUUUGUUCAAGCACAAUUUUCUUUGCAAUGGAAAGUGA